GUAAACAAUCAGGACCCGGCGCACCAACGACUUAGAGAAGGCCUCCGCCAGAGUUUCGAGGAACUGGAGUGCUACCUCAUGCCGCACAUUGGGAUGCGCGCCAUCACGGAUGAAGACUUUGAUGGCCGACAAAAUCAAUUGGCCGAGCAAUUCGUGGAGCACCUGAAGCUGCUGGUGCCUCGCCUGCUGGCGCCUGAGCGUCUCGUGGAGAAGCGUUCAGCGGGGCGUCGAGGACAACCCGCCACCGGGGAAGAGCUGGUGCGCCUCUUCAGGACCUACAUGGCGGCCUUCAGAGAGAAUAAAGACGAUCUGCCGACCACCCUCGUUGAGAUGAUGGGGCGCUUCACAAGCGAUGAGACCCGCAAGAUGGCAUUUGAGCUUUACAAAAGUGCCAUGGAUUCUAAAAUCGAAUACCAUGAGGGAUGUCUUGAAGAUUCUCUUCUAAAAAGCUAUCACUCAGAGGCAAAAAGCGAAGCUAUUGCAGCUUACGACAAGGAAAAUCAAUACGUCAGAAACAACGCUUCGUUUGCAAUUGCAGCUGAAGUUAGGGAAAUUCUUGAAAAGAACAUUGAAGAGCACUACGGGAUCUAUGUUCAGAAGAACGACGAAAUGAAGAUAAAGGGACGCGUCAAAUGCGAGGAGACCAGCAAGAAGGCAUUUGAGCUUUACGAAAAAACAAUGGAUUCAAAAAUCGAAUCCCACGAAAGAUGUCUUGAAGAUUCUCUUCUAAACAGCUGUCACUCAGAGUCAAAAAGCGAAGCUAUUACAGCUUACAACAUGGCAAACCAAUACGCCUGUGAAAACGCUUUGUUUGUAAUUGCAGCUGAAGUUGGGGAAAUCCUUGAAACGAACAUUGAAGAGCACUACGGGAUCUAUGUUCAGAAGAACGACGAAAUGAAGAUAAAGGGACUCGUCAAAUGCGAGGCGACCAGCAAUAAGGCAUUUGAGCUUUACAAAAAAGCAAUGGAUUCAAAAAUCGAAUCCCAUGAAAGAUGUCUUGAAGAUACUCUCUUAAGAAGCUAUCACUCAGGGACAAAAAGCGAAGCUAUUACAGCUUACAACAUGGAAAACCAAUACGCCAAGAACAACGCUUUGUUUGCAACUGCAGCUGAAGUUAGGGAAAUCCUUGAAACGAACAUUGAAGAGCACUAUGGGACUUAUAUGCAGAAGAACGAGGAAAUGAAGAUAAAGGGACGCGUCAAAUGCGAGGAGACCUGCAAGAAGGCAUUUGAGCUUUACAAAAAAACAAUGGAUUCAAAAAUCGAAUCCCAUGGAAAAUGUCUCGAAGCCUCUCUUCUAAAAAGUUGUCACUCAGAAUAAAAAAGCGAUGCUAUUGCAGCUUACAACAUGGCAAACCAAUACGCUCGUGACAACGCUUAGUUUGCAGUUGCAGCUGAAGUUAGGGAAAUCCUCGAAACGGCGAUUGAUGAACUCUUCGGGACCUAUGUGCAGAAGAACAACAACAUGGCGAAGGACGAGCGUGUCGAAAUCGAUGAGACCAGCAAGAAGGCAUAUGAGCUUUACAAAAGUAAAAUGGAUUCAAAAAUCAAAUCCCAGCGAAGAUCUCUCGAAGAUUCUCUUCUAAGCAGCUGUCACUCAGAGUCAAAAAGCGAAGCUAUUGCAGCUUACGACAAGAUAAACCAAUACGCCAGAAACGACGCUUCGUUUGGAAUUGCAGCUGAAGUCAGGAGAAGCCUUGAAAAGAGGAUUGAAGAACUCUUCGGGACCUAUGUACAGAAGAACAACAACAUGGCGAUGGACGAGCGUGCCGAAAUCAAUGAGACCAGCAAGAAGGCAUAUAAGCUUUACAAAAGUAAAAUGGAUUCAAAAAUCAAUUCUCAGCAAAAAUCUCUCGGAGAUUCUCUUCUAAACAGCUAUCAUUCAGAGUCAGAAAGCGAAGCUAUUGCAUCUUACGACAACAAAAUCCAAUACACCAGAAACGACGCUUCAUUUGCAAUCGCAGCUGAAGUUAAGGAAAGCCUU